GCAGUUUUUCUUAAACUAUUGAGUUCCUCAUCUGUUGCUUUUUAUUUUGUAUUCUCCAAGUUCCCAAGCAACUUAAACUUGCAAAUAUAGCUAUGAAUACACUAUUUGCCUUACAGUAGUUACCAAGGAAUCCAGGUCUUUUGUUUUUGUUAUUCUUCCCUCCAUUUCUUAAUCAUAUAUAACUAGCAACAUUUAUGGUUAUAGGUUGAUUUGCAAGUUCUUCAUAAGUCUGUGACUGAUGGUUGUAGCCUUCAGAAGAAUAGGGAAGAAUGAGUAGUCAGGAACUGGUCACUCUGAAUGUCAGAGGGCAGAUAUUCACGACAAGAUUUUCUAUCAUAAUGCAGUUUCCUGUGUCUCGGUUGGCAUGAAUGUUAGAUGGCAGGGACCAAGAAUUCAAGAUGGUUGGUGGCCAGAUUUUUGUGGACAGAGAUGGUAUUUUAUUUAGUUUUGUCUUAGAGCUUUUGAGAACUCAACAGCUUUUAUUACCCACUAACUUUUCAGACUAUCUUAGGCUUCAGAGAGAGGCUCUUUUCUAUGAACUUGAUUCUCUGGUUGAUCUCUUAAACCAACACCUGCUACAGUGAAGGCCUGCUCUUAUGGAGGAGUGUUUCCUAAGCCGAAACACUCAAGCUUUUUUCAGGGUGUUUGGCUCUUGCAACAAAACAAUUGAAAUGCUAACUGGGAGGAUUACAGUGUUUAUAGAGAAACCUUCUGCACUGACCUGGAGUAACUCCCUUCCUCAGAUGACCUUACUUCCACUGCCUCCACAAAGACCUUACCAUGACCUGGUUUUCCAGUGCGGCUCUGACAGCACUACUGAUAACCAAACUGGAGUCAGGUAUGUUUCUAUAAAACCAAAAUUGGCAAAUGGAGCAAAUGUCCUUGGCUUACUGAUUGAUACUUUAUUAAAGGAAGGCUUCCAUCUGGUCAGCACUAGAACAAUAUCCUCUGAAGACAAAACUGAAUGCUAUAGCUUUGAAAGGAUAAAAAGCCCUGAAGCCCUUGCCAUGAACAAAACACUGAAACCAGAGACUAACAUCAUACCAGAGCAAUCUCAGAAAAAGAAAUGAAGUAGUUGUCUGUUCUCUUUCAGAGUAAAGGAAAAUUGCCAUUUUCUUGACUGGAAGUUACAUGUUUGGGGCAUACAUGUUAUUCAAACCUGUACUCAAUGUAACUUUUUGGCCUCACCUUUUACCAUGCCAUCUCAGGGCAACCAAGCACCAACAGUGCUUAAGCCACACAACUGCUUGCUGC